GAAGAGACCGUGUACACACAGCAGACUGGACAGCAGCAGCAGCAGCAGCAGCUCACUUUUGAAAGGCUGAAGAUGGACAUUGCUAUACAGAGCCCCUGGAUCCGACGCCCCCACUUUCCUUCCUUCUUCCCCUGCCGGAUCUUCGACCAGAAUUUCGGGGAGCACCUCUCAGAGGGCGAGCUGUUCCCCUCCUUCCCUUCCAUGUUCUGGCCCAGAUCUUCCUUCUUUCGGAUGCCCAGCUGGGUGGAUUCAGGACUCUCUGAGAUGAAGCUGGACAAGGACAGGUUCAUGGUCAACCUGGAUGUGAAGCACUUCUCUCCUGAGGAGCUGGGAGUCAAGGUGAACGGAGACUUCCUCGAGAUCCGCGGGAAACACGAGGACCGGCAGGAAGCCGCGAGGGGCGAUUCCGUUGACAAGCCAGUGACAGGGACAGAAGGGCUCCGUUCUGCCAUAGUCCCCAGAAACCUGGAUGAGCACGGCUUCGUCUCCCGAGAGUUCCACAGGAAGUACAAGAUCCCAGCGGGGGUGGACUCUGCUGCCAUCACUUCCUCCCUGUCCUCAGACGGAGUGCUGACAAUCAGCGCACCUCGCAAGCUGGCCGACGUCCCCGAGCGUGCCAUCCCCAUCACCAUCACCCGUGAAGACAAGCAGAACAAGUAGACCCCCCUCCUCCCCUCCCUCACCCUGCCCCUCUCCACCCUGAUCCCUGAGCACACCAUCCCCAUCACCAUCACCCGUGAAGACAAGCAGAACAAGUAGACCCCCCUCCUCCUCCCCUCCCUCACCCUGCCCCUCUCCACCCUGAGACCAGGCCGCGAUCACCUGAAUGAAUCUUACCCCACUGCAGGUCACUCCAGCUCAAUGCACCCAGGGGGUUGCUUCACCCCUUGCAUCGAUGACGUCAGUUCAUUUAAAAUUGACGUCAUCUGUUUUGGGUCAUUUCCUAAACUGCUUUCUCCAGAAGUGCUUCGUGUCUCAUCAGCCAGCAAUGGAGGGAGCAGCUCCCCAGAUGUUGGUGCUGUUGAGCUGGAGUGGCCCGUGCAGAGCAGCAGACAGGCUGUACAGUACAGAGGACAGGCUGGGAACGCUUCUCUUCAAAUCAUUACGAAAUGUCUGACUUCUUUAUUUCUGGUUGGGUCAUUCUAUCCGGGAGGGGGGGGUGGGGGAGGUGUUUCUCCUUUCUGAAAAAUGUAAAACAAGCUAAUGAUUUGGAGUGAAGAGCUGUGAGCACCUAUUCAUCAGAGUUGAUCUCAAAAGCCAUGAACCCCUGGCUACACAAACCCAACAGCUGGACGUCUGAAUUCACAGAAUGGUGGCACACAGAAUCUGUAUUCUGCAGGAAACGGAAGCGAUCUUUUGAGCACCUCCGUGUGGUAUCUUGCAGCAAGCUCUGCCUUUCUGAUAGCGAUCCUUGUCCAUCAAGGAGGUAGAACAUGCUUGUGACAGCCAGCUGGCUGGAGCGAUUGAGAAGUGGUGGUUAAACAUCUCAGAGCGGUGUGUGUGUGUGUGUGUGUGUGUGUGUGUGUGUGUGUGUGUGUGUGUGUGCACUCCUGUUCUAUAAUGAAGCUGCCUGCAGGGUCUGUCAUUUUAAUGAUCUAACCCCCUUUAUAUCCUUACACAAAACCUGGUGGAAAACGAGCUGGCAGGUUAACAGGUGACAGGAUCUGGAUGCGCCAGUCCUUUGGUUUUGCAUGAAGCUUCAGCGAGGUCUCGACCUGAUGCACGGCUGUGUCUUCAGUGGUUCUAAACAGAGCGCUGGAGAGAGAUGACGGAUCCUAGGAGCGCAGGCUGAGCUGGCAUUGCUCGGGUCUGGGUACACUCCUCGGGGGGGGGGGGGGUGCUUGAAAGCCAUCCUGGUCUCAGUUUUUGCUUCCACUGUUUUUAUUUUUGUGUUGUUGCUGCAUAACCAUACAUUCCUGACAAGCCAUAGUGGCCAGCACUGUUAUGCAAUAUUAACACGGUAGUUUCUUCAAUGUGUAAUAAAGCUCUUCAUAGACACAU